ACCAAAUUCCCUUUCCAUCACUGUACACAAAUCCAUCUCUUUCUUCCCCAAAUACACAUCUAAAUGCUCAUCUAACUCUAGUUAUUCUCUCCCACACUCUCAUGGAUCCAAGACUCUACAGUGUUGCAAGGCUGGGAAGCCUUGCUGCCUUGAAUUCCUUACUAGAAGAAGAUCCACUUCUCCUAGAAAAAGUUGCUCUAUCCUCCUCUGCUGACACUCCACUGCACAUUGCCACAAUUGCUGCUAAAACAGACUUUGCAAAAGAGAUGCUCCUCAGAAUGCCCAACUUUGCAUGGGAAUUGAACCAGGAUGGGUUCAGUCCCUUACACAUAGCUGCAGCCAUGGGCAACAUUGAGAUGACCAGAGAGCUUUUGUCCCUGGAUUCGGGCCUUUGCCUUGUUAAGGACAAGGUGGGUCGAACUCCACUUCACUGCGCAGCUAUCAAAGGGAGGGUGAAGAUAGCUGGGGAGUUGCUUUCCCACUGUUACGAGGCUGUUAAAGAAGUAAGUGGUGGAGGGGAGACUGCUCUUCACUUGGCUGUGAAGAAUAGCCAGUUUGAAGUGCUCAAAGUUUUGGUGGAAAAACUUGGGGAGGAUGAUCGUGAUCGACUCAUAAACGCCCAGGAUGAUCAAGGCCAUACUGUCUUGAAGUUGGCUGUGGCUAAGGGUCAGGUCCAGGCACAGAACUUACUCAAGAAUCAAAGCAAGCAAGACAAGGAUGUUUCAGAGGUCUCUCCCCGAGAUGUCCAAGACCAGCAACCUCAAACUGAUCUGGGAAUAAUUCCAAUAACUGAUCCCUCCCCAUUGCACCAACAACCAAAUCAAUCUAAAAGAAAUAAGUUAAAGCGGUUAUGGUUUGAGGCAGAGGAUAUGAUCCUGGUUGUGGCCAGUUUGAUAGCAACAGUCACCUACCAAGCAGGCCUUGCCCCUCCUCCAACCAUUUGGCAACAAGGCAUGAAACUGAACUUCGACUGCAUGUUCCGUGAGCGGCAAAAGAUAUCGUUAGAGGAUCCAUCCGAUACAUGCCCGGUUUUUACAUACUAUCUUUUCAUGUCCUUCAACACGGCCGGAUUCUUCUCUUCCAUCUUCCUCAUUUUCUCGUUUCGGAACAAGAACUUUGUGGCAGCUCUCCUGCCCGCUUCCCUUAUCUGCAUGGCGGUCACUUACAUAGCUUUAUCGCUCACCAUGUCGCCCAAUGCCAUCACCUUCCUUGUCAUAUACCUCAUUACAAUCAUGAUUUUGGUCUACAUUCUUUUCACUAUUAACGCCUUACAAGCGAUGCUUCAUGGAGUUAGUUGUGCAGGAGGAAAGGCUUUAGGCAAGAUAGGAUCUAAGUUAAGAACUAAGAGACAGUCGUCUGAUCUGGAAAACGACUACAAAGUAUAUAGUCCUUGACCUUGUGGACGAUGUAAUGAGCAGAACCUUUCUUUCUUUUUUUGAUGUACAUGAUGAAGUUGUUUGUGUAGAAUGAAAGCUUCUUUCCUCUGUAGCUCAGCGUUUAUGCUAGUUGUAAGCCCAGUGUCUUAACAACCUUGAUACUGAUAAAGCUUAUCUUUCACCA